CUCGCAUCCCGCUCACUUCCCUGUCCGUCUCGUCCAACCCUGCAGCACCCACAGUCCAUUCUCCCCUCCCCUUCUUCCUCCCUCACCCUCUCUCGAGUCGCACUCGGGUCAACUGACGUUGUGCCGGCUUGCCCCAGCUUGCCCCAGCUUGCUGGCGGCUCCUUCCUCCACAUCCGCCUUCCAGAAUCCAGGCCCUCUAUCCAGCUCCAGCUCCAGCUCCAGCCCCGGCCUCGACUUCCCCGUCGCUCUCAAUUCUCUCGGCGCUGACUCAACCUCCCGAUCCCAGUCCCAAUCCCGAUCGGCCUAUUCCACCUCCCCCCUGAAACCAUCCCGCCAUGGCCGUCACCACCUGGGCUCUCUUGCUGGACUCUCCGCCGACACAGGGACAUGCCCGUGAGGCUUCGGCUGCGUCCCCGACGACCCAGACCCCGCUCGCUGACGAGCCCAGCGCCGAGCAUCGAGCCGUCGGCCUAGCUCCUGCCUCGACCAUCACCACCACCACGACCAUCGCCGCGAGCGCCCUUGCCUCCGAAGCCGUCUCGGCGCCGACACCCGAUUCCGACUCGACCUCCCGGCACUCUUCCACGGUCUCGUCGACCCCUCCGACUUUGCCUCAUCUCGAUACCUCGACCUCCUUCUUCCCUGGCGAGACCGCCGCUGCGGCCCACCACACCUCCGCCCAAUCGCCUCGCCUUUCACGGUCCGGCCACGGUCACAGCACCGGCCAUAACCAUAGCCACAGCCGCAAGACUUCGGAGCAGCUCCAGAAGCACAACAGCUGGGACGUCAUCAACGAGUCGCUGGCCCAGACCUCGAUCAUGAACACGGUCAAAAACAUCCGAUGGUUUGCGCUGAAGCAAGAUCUACUAGAAGCUAGAAUGGCCAGUACACUUCACAUUGUUGGUCUGAGCUCUUAUUCGAUUCUGACGUAUCCAUUCUCUCUGCUGCGUCGGCAUUAUGUGACGAUCGGCUACAAGAUUCCUCCCGUCGACGCUUCCUUGUCCGCCCGGCUCUUGCUCAGGCCCCACGAAGGCGUCCUGUCCCUGUGGAACGGAUUUGGCUUCAAGAUGAUCGCACACGUAGCCCGCUUCCUCGGCGAGAUCUUUGUUGCUCGCACGCUUCUGCCGCUCGACGGAUGGAUCAUUGCACGGCAGCGGCCAUCCAGCUGGAUCAAGAGCAGUGCCGUUGGACGAGUACUUCGAGUGGGUUUUUGGAAGUACACGAUCAAAUGCGUUGGGCUUGUCGCCUCGUACCCGCUCUUCAAGGCUCACCUCAUCCAUAGUCUUCAGCACGCCACCGCAAUCUCGGGCGUCGUCUAUUCAGUCCCGAUGCUCCUCAAGUCGUACGCCCUCAGCAUUGGUCCGGCGCUGCAGCCGCGACUGCCGACAGCGCUGCCCUGGACAUCGACGCUGGUUCCGUUCGUGCUGAUUUCGAUUGGCUCCGAGUACGUCUACUACCGCAUCCUCGCCCUGGCGCGCGGGUACCUGCUCUCGCCCGAGGUUCUCCGGAGCAUCAAGACCAAGCAAAAGGCACGCCGGGCACUGCGAGAGACCGCCAAGAAGAACACCUCGCAGUCCCGGAGGCUGCUGUCAUUCGGAUACUCGACCCAGGACUCGGACCGACGCCCAUCCCAGUCUGCGGAUGAUCCCACGGGCGAGGCACCACAGUCGAGCGACUCGCGCGCCCUUGGCGAUGACGAAGACCCCGACGAAGGCGACGAGGGCGACGAGGGCGACGAGGGCAACGACGACUAUGCCUAUGGAUACACCGACAGCCUGGACGACAUGAUCCUGGACGACUACGAUGAAUAUGACGAGCGCGAUCGGGGUGCCGCACAGCGGUCGCCGACGUCGCGAUCGCCGCUGCCGUCGAUCUCGUCACUCGCCAGCUCCAGCAACGAGGACGAGGACGCCGACCUGGGCUCCGAAUACUCGGACGACAGCGUCUGGCGGCAGCACAUUGCACGGCUCCGACAGCAGCAGCGCGAACGGCGGCGCCGGCAGCGACAGCGGCAGAAGCAGCGGCCCCAGCAGCUCUCGGAUUUUUACACCUUCUACCCAGACAUGAUCUGCCGACUGGGCAGCCAGAUCGUGCUGAACGUCGUCGCCUUCCCCUUUCAGGUGGCGCUCACCCGGGUCAUGAUCCAAGGCACGGGCCUGGUCCUGCUGCCGGAACUGGACGACCACUACGAGGGCUACGUUCAAUGCCUGACUGCAGUCUUUCGCGAAUUCGUGUCGACUGGCUGGACGAGGACGAGCACGAGCACGGCGGGUGCUCUGCUGGAUGUGGACUCGAUGACGACGAUGGCGAUGACGAUGACGGCGAAGACCACUGCGCCUGCGAUUGGGGCGGCCCUGCUCUUGAACGUGGUCUCGGACCUGGUCGUAGCCUGGGCAGUGUUCGAGACGGUCGGGAUGGUGCGCAACUGGGUGCGACAGAAGCCCGUGAAGAUCUUCUUGGAUCGGGACAUGUCGAAAUGAGACCCGUUCGAGGUGCGGCGGUCACUUGUUUCGGAAAAGAGAUAAUGGAUUCCGCUGCUGCCUUCGACGACAAGCUGCUGGCUCGCCUGGGACAGCAGCGCCUUGAAUACAUCGAGUCGAAUCUCCACGAGCAAAUGGUGGAUCCGCGCGAAAAUUGGUACAGCAACCUCAGACCGCAACAA